AUGAUAUCCUCUGUGUGCUCCUUGACGCGGCCGCUGUUUCCGAACGGCCGGAACGCCAUUAAUCCGGUGCGGUUGAAAAACUACCUCAACCGACCGCGACUCCGGAAUCCCGCUUGGUUCGUCAAGAAACUGCGUACGGUGCACAAUGAACAUCUCACCAAAGAUAACAGUGCGUUCGUGGACGAGGUCAAACUGGCAGCCACGAAGCACCGGACCCUGCUACAACUAUCCUUGGACGGCCAACAGGAAGGUACCGCGGUCCAAUGGAACCCAGCUCUGAGGCGUACCGGAGUAAUUGCAAAGAAGAUCGGUCAGUAUCCACUGUGGACGCGUGACGGGAGCAAAAUCCGCACCACCUUGCUGCAGAUUAUCGACAACGAGGUGGUAAAGUACAUCCCGCCGGAACAGUACCGACCGGCGCAGGAGCGUCGGAACUGGCGUGAACCGUACGGUUGUCUGCUGGUCGGCGCGGAAAGUGCCGAUUUGUCGCUGCUCACGAAGGAGUACUCCGGCCUGUUCCGCCACUCGGGAGUGUUGCCGAAGAAGCACCUCUGUCGGUUCAUCGUUUCACCGGAGGCACAGUUACUACCCGGAACGGCACUGACGGUGGAUCACUUCCACGUCGGCCAGUACGUGGACGUGCGGGGCAAAACGGUCGACCGGGGAUUUCAGGGUGUCUGCAAGCGCUGGGCCUUCAGCGGGAUGCCCAAGUCGCACGGUGUCACGAAGACGCACCGCCGGCCGGGCAACAUUGGGGCCGGUGGCGAAAAGGCCCGUGUCUGGCCGGGCACUAGCAUGCCGGGCCACAUGGGAAACCGGUGGCGGGUGCUGCGCGGACUGCAGAUACUUCGCAUCAACCGCCGGCACAAUGUAAUGUGGGUCCGCGGCAGUAACAUCGCCGGCAGCACCAACGGUCUCGUCUAUGUGUACGACACGAUCCUGCCACUGCGCCAGCACGGCGCUAAGCGAGGUCCGGCCGGGGAGCCACCGUUUCCGACUGCACGACCGACUGUCAAUUCGGACGAGGAAGAAGUUUGGCUCGAUGAACUCCAAGAUUUUGGCCAACUUUCCAUCACGUACGUGAAGUGA